AUCAGCUUAGGCGCCGUUCGUCCUAGAGGGUCGCCAAUCGAUUUUGUCAAACUUCCCUCCGGAGGUCAACUCCGGUUUGCCGGAGUGCACGGAGAAAUGCGUGUUUUCGUGCCGGAAUUCGGAAAAUUGUUAUUAUCGAAGGUGAUUCAAUGAAAAAGAUAAAGUGCGGAAGUGUAUUCAAAGAUUUUAGUUAUUUGUGACUGGGACGAUUAAUCUGCUGCUAGGCAGCGGUUUUAAUCAUGACGACCGAUAUCUCCAUUGUCAGAUGGGACCCCACUCUUCAGCAGGAAAUUGUGGAAGACUACGAAUAUGACGGGGGUAAUUCGUCUUCCCGUCUUUUUGAAAGAUCUCGAAUAAAAGCUUUAGCAGAUGAAAGGGAGAGUGUUCAAAAGAAGACAUUCCAAAAAUGGGUGAAUUCCCAUUUGGUGCGCGUCAAUACGCGCAUAAGCGAUUUAUACAUUGACAUGCGUGACGGCAAAAACUUAAUAAAGCUUCUAGAAGUCCUUAGCGGCGAACGACUGCCCCGCCCCACUAAGGGCAAGAUGCGCAUUCACUGCCUUGAAAAUGUAGACAAAGCCCUGCAGUUCCUUAGGGAACAAAGGGUGCACCUUGAGAAUAUGGGUUCGCACGAUAUAGUAGACGGCAAUCCACGUUUAUCGCUUGGUCUUAUUUGGACCAUUAUUUUGCGCUUCCAAAUCCAGGACAUCACGAUCGAAGAAACUGACAACCAAGAAACAAAAUCGGCCAAGGACGCACUGCUUCUCUGGUGCCAGAUGAAAACCGCUGGUUACCAUAAUGUCAACGUACGUAAUUUCACCACUUCUUGGCGAGAUGGUCUAGCGUUUAACGCUAUCAUUCACAAGCAUCGCCCGGAUCUCAUUAACUACGAGAAAUUAUCCAAAUCGAAUCCCAUUUACAAUCUUAAUAAUGCAUUUAACGUGGCCGAAGAUAAACUGGGUCUGACAAAACUCCUAGAUGCGGAGGAUGUCUUUGUCGACCAACCAGAUGAAAAAUCUAUCAUUACAUACGUAGUCACUUACUACCACUAUUUCAAUAAGAUGAAACAAGAAACGGUUCAAGGAAAACGUAUCGGAAAAGUUGUAGGAAUAGCGAUGGAUAACGAUCGCAUGAUCCGCGAAUAUGAAUCGUUAACUAGUGAUCUUUUGGCUUGGAUCGAGGCCACUAUAGUCGCUUUAGGAGAUAGAAAUUUUGCUAAUUCUUUAGUAGGCGUUCAACAACAACUGGGACAAUUUAAUAAUUAUAGAACGGUCGAAAAACCUCCCAAGUUUGUCGAAAAAGGUAACUUGGAAAUUCUGUUAUUCACCUUACAAUCAAAGAUGAGAGCAAAUAAUCAAAAACCGUACACACCUAAAGAAGGUAAAAUGAUAUCGGAUAUCAAUAAGGCUUGGGAACGUCUUGAGAAAGCCGAACACGAACGUGAGUUAGCACUGCGUGAAGAAUUGAUUAGACAAGAAAAAUUAGAACAGUUAGCGGCACGAUUUAACAGAAAAGCGGGCAUGAGAGAGACAUGGCUCAGCGAGAAUCAACGACUGGUAUCUCAAGAUAACUUUGGUCAUGACUUGGCAGCCGUAGAAGCUGCUGCGAAAAAACAUGAGGCUAUAGAAACCGACAUUUUAGCUUACGAAGAAAGAGUACAAGCAGUGGUAGCCGUAGCUGAAGAACUUCAAACUGAACGUUACCAUGACAUAGAUCGUAUUAAUGCUCGCAAGGACAACGUCCUCAGACUUUGGAAUUACUUGUUGGAACUCCUCAGGGCGCGUCGAUACAGACUCGAGCUAUCACUUCAAUUACAGCAAUGCUUCCAAGAAAUGCUUCAUAUCUUAGACUCAAUGGAAGAACUCAAAGUACGUCUUUUGACCGACGAUUACGGAAAACAUUUGAUGGGCGUCGAAGAUCUUUUGCAAAAACACAACCUUCUCGAAGCCGAUAUUAAUAUACUUGGCGAGAGGGUCAAAGCGGUAGCACAACAGUCACAGAAAUUCUUGGAUGCUGCCCCAGAAUCCGAAGGGUAUCAUCCUUGCGACCCGGGUCUUGUAGUCGAAAGAGUGCAACAACUUGAAAAUGCAUAUGCGGAAUUGGUUCAUCUGGCUGUAGAAAGACGUUCCAGAUUGGAAGAAAGUAGAAAGUUGUGGCAGUUCUACUGGGACAUGGCCGAUGAAGACAACUGGAUUAAAGAGAAAGAACAGAUUGUUUCUACCUCAGAUAUUGGUCACGAUCUAACAACCGUGAAUUUACUUUUGUCGAAACACAAAGCACUAGAAAACGAAAUCCAAGCUCACGAACCCCAGUUAAUGGCAGUAGUCGCUGUAGGCGAUGAACUGGUCAAUUCCGGUCACUUUGGUGCUGAACGAGUACAAGAACGUCUUCGAGAAAUUCUGGCAAUGUGGAAUAACCUACUGGAUCUUGCUGCUUUCCGCAGAAAACGAUUGGAAGAGGCAGUAGAUUACCAUCAGUUCUUCGCUGACGCCGAUGAUGUUGAUAUUUGGAUGUUAGAUACUCUUCGAUUGGUUUCCAGUGAAGACGUCGGUCGCGACGAGGCCAACGUACAAUCGUUACUCAAGAAGCAUAAAGAUGUAACGGAUGAGCUUAAGAAUUACGCUACUACAAUCGACGCUCUUCAUCAGCAAGCCCAACAGCUGAAUCCAAAAGAUGCCCAGUCUCCAGAAGUUACAGAAAGAUUGACUUCAAUCGAUAACAGAUACAAAGAACUUCUGGAAUUGGCAAAACUCCGUAAACAGAGACUACUUGACGCCUUAUCACUCUACAAAUUGUUCUCCGAAAGCGAAGGAGUUGAGCAAUGGAUCAGCGAAAAAGAUCGCAUGUUACAGACCAUGGUACCAGCAAAGGAUAUAGAAGAUGUCGAAAUUAUGAAACACCGUUACGACGGAUUCGAGAAAGAAAUGAACGCAAAUGCUUCACGCGUGGCCGUUGUCAAUCAACUUGCCAGGCAGCUAUUGCACGUAGAACAUCCAAAUUCCAAAGAGGUCAUCGCUAAACAAAAUCAGCUCAACGAAAAAUGGGCAGAACUUCGCGAGAAAGCCGAAAACAAACGCGAAGAGCUUAAUUCGUCCCAUGGCGUGCAAACUUUCCACAUUGAAUGUCGCGAAACCGUAUCGUGGAUCGAAGACAAAAAGAGAAUUUUGCAAAGCACAGACAGUUUGGAAAUGGAUCUCACGGGUAUUAUGACUCUUCAGAGACGUCUUUCUGGAAUGGAAAGAGACCUGGCAGCUAUACAAGCCAAAUUAACAGCCCUAGACAAGGAGGCAGCUGCAAUCGAAAACGAGCACCCAGAAGAAGCUGCAGUUAUCAGAGAACGCAUCAUUCAAAUUCAAAUAGUUUGGGAACAGCUGACGCAAAUGUUGAAAGAGAGAGACGCCAAAUUGGAAGAAGCCGGUGACAUUCACCGAUUCCUUCGCGACUUGGACCACUUCCAGGCUUGGUUGACAAAAACACAAACAGAUGUUGCAUCGGAAGACACACCAGCAUCACUCGCCGAAGCGGAAAAAUUAUUAUCUCAACACCAGAGCAUACGCGAAGAAAUCGACAAUUACACCGAAGAUUAUACCAAGAUGAUGGAAUACGGCGAAAAGGUAACAGCUGAACCAAGUACUCAAGACGAUCCUCAGUAUAUGUUCUUGCGAGAAAGGCUAAAGGCCCUACAAGACGGAUGGGCUGAAUUACAGCAGAUGUGGGAAAACCGCCAACAAUUACUUUCUCAGUCGUUGUCUCUGCAAUUGUUGAAUAGGGAUGCACGGCAAGCAGAAGUGAUCUUGAGCCAACAGGAGCAUGCUUUGGGCAAGGAUGAAACACCGAUUAACCUAGAACAAGCUGAAAAUCUACUUAAACGACACGAGGCGUUCUUAACAACAAUGGAAGCAAAUGACGACAAAAUUAACGGCGUCAUUCAAUUCUCUCGUCGUCUCUGCGAAGAAGGGCACUUUGCGUCCGAUAAAAUCGCCAAACGAGCGGAUGUUAUCGAAGAACGACGUGCAGCUAAUAGAGAAAAGGCGUUAGCCCUUAUGGAAAGACUCAGGGACCAAUUAGAACUCCAACAGUUCUUGCGCGACUGCGACGAAUUGGGAGAAUGGGUCCAAGAGAAGCACAUUGUCGCACAAGACGAGACAUACCGUUCUGCCAAAACGGUACAUAGCAAAUGGACCAGGCACCAGGCAUUCGAAGCCGAAAUUGCCGCUAACAAAGAACGCCUUCACAAUCUACAAAAAGCUGGGGAAGAAUUGGCGCGCGAGAAACCCGAAUAUGCUGAAGAAAUACGACCGAAACUAUCCGAAUUAGCCGAACAAUUUGACGACCUCGAAAAAACGACUCACGAAAAGGGUGAACGAUUAUUCGAUGCAAACAGGGAAGUUCUUAUACAUCAGACCUGCGACGAUAUCGAUUCAUGGAUGAAUGAUUUAGAGAAACAGAUCGAAAGCGAUGACACCGGAUCAGAUUUGGCAUCGGUCAAUAUCCUCAUGCAAAAGCAACAAAUGAUCGAAACUCAGAUGGCAGUAAAGGCUAAACAAGUAGACGAGUUAGAAUCACAAACUGCCCACUUGCAACGAAAGGUCCCUCAAAAGGAUAUGCAUGAAAUUAAAAGUAAAAAGAGUCAAGUCGAGCAAAGAUUCCAACAACUCAAACAACCACUUUUGGAACGUCAAAGACAACUCGAAAAGAAGAAAGAAGCGUUCCAGUUCAGGCGAGACGUCGAAGACGAACUUUUAUGGAUUUCAGAGAAAAUGCCUCUGGCUACGUCUACCGAUUAUGGGAACAGCCUUUUCCAAGUUCACAUGCUAAAAAAGAAGCACCAAUCGCUCCGUACAGAAAUCGAUAAUCACGAGCCUAGAAUCAACUCGGUGUGCAAUAACGGUCAAAAACUGAUUGACGAAGGUCACGAAGAUUCCUCCGAAUUCGGAAGGCUCAUUAACGAACUUCUCAAAGCAUGGCAGGACCUCAAAGAUGCAAUGGAAGAUAGACGUGAGAACUUGUUACGAAACGAACGAGCCCAGCAGUACAUGUUCGAUGCAAGUGAAGCGGAAAGCUGGAUGAGCGAGCAAGAAUUAUACAUGAUGGUAGAGGACAGAGGCAAAGACGAAACAUCUGCCAGAAACCUUAUGAAGAAGCACGAAAGUUUGGAAGGAGCUGUUGAAGACUAUGCAGACACAAUAAGAACUUUAGGUGAAACGGUACGCGCCUUAGCUGCAGAAGGGCAUCCGAUGGCCGAACAAGUUGCUAUCAAACAAUCACAAUUGGACAAACUCUACGCAGGUCUUAAAGACCUCGCUCAGGAAAGGAGAGCUAAAUUAGACGAGGCCUUGCAAUUGUUCCUUCUCAACCGAGACGUCGGUGAUCUUGAACAGUGGAUAGCAGACAGAGAAGUAGUCGCGUCUUCUCAUGAACUUGGCCAAGAUUACGACCAUGUGACUUUAUUAUGGGAAAGAUUCAAGGAAUUUGCACGAGAUACAGAAGCUAUUGGCACAGAAAGAGUCCAAGCAGUAAAUGAUUGCGCAGAUCAGUUAAUAUCAGCCGGACAUUCUGAUUCGGCUACGAUUGCAGAAUGGAAAGACGGCCUUAACGAAGCAUGGCAAGACCUUUUGGAACUUAUUGAAACACGAACGCAAAUGCUUGCGGCAUCUAGGGAGUUGCACAAGUUCUUCCACGAUUGCAAGGACGUUUUGGGAAGAAUUCUUGAAAAACAAGUGGCAAUGUCCGAUGAACUUGGACGUGAUGCUGGAUCCGUUUCUGCUCUUCAACGUAAGCAUCAAACAUUCAUGCAAGAUCUACAAACGCUCCAUUCACAAGUUCAACAAAUCCAGGAAGAAUCUGCUAAAUUACAAGCUUCCUACGCCGGUGAUAGGGUCCGGGAGAUAACCAAUCGCGAAGCUGAAGUGGUUUUAGCGUGGUCGCAUCUACAACAACUGUGCGACCAAAGAAGACAUAAAUUGGCAGACACGGGGGAUCUCUUCAAAUUCUUCAACAUGGUUCGAGCCCUCAUGCAAUGGAUAGACGACUGCGUAAGACAAAUGAAUACCAGUGAAAAACCAAGGGAUGUAAGCGGAGUCGAACUACUAAUGAAUAAUCAUCAAAGCUUGAAAGCUGAAAUCGACGCUAGAGAAGACAAUUUCUCGGCCUGCGUAUCAUUAGGAAAAGAACUUCUUGCAAGAAACCAUUAUGCAAGCACUGAAAUACGAGAUAAACUCUUAGCGUUGAAUAAUCACCGUAAUUCCCUGCUUCAACGAUGGGAGGAGAGAUGGGAAAAUCUCCAGUUAAUUCUAGAAGUGUAUCAGUUUGCUAGGGAUGCAGCAGUCGCAGAAGCGUGGCUGAUUGCUCAAGAGCCCUAUCUUAUGAGCACUGAACUAGGACACAGUAUUGACGAUGUUGAAAAUUUGAUAAAGAAACACGAAGCAUUUGAGAAAUCAGCUGCUGCUCAAGAAGAGCGCUUUGGAGCUUUAGAGAGGCUGACAACGUUUGAGCUUAGAGAAAUAAAGCGCAGACAAGAAGCAGCUGAAGCUGAAGAAAGAGCCAGAAAAGAGAGGGAGGAAGCAGAAAGACAAGCUGCGUUGGCGGCUGCUCAACCUGCAUCUCCCGCUGCAGCACAAUCGGGUGACAGACCUGACUCUUCAACUACACCUGCCGCCGAAGACCGACCAGUUGUGCAUGAUGAGGAAGUUGAGAUAAGGUCUCCUGUAACCAAACCCGAGCCCAGGAGAAGGGAAACCGCACCCCCUGCCACCCCUCAGGUGACUACACCCCCUCGUUCAAUCCUAUCUACGCCCCGAAGCGAGAAAGAUAGUGGCAAGCGUAAGGACAGGUCUCGUUCGAAAUCUCCAUUCCGCAGUUUUCGUUGGAAAAAGAGCCCGAAGGCCUCUGGGGCCGCUAGUGAUGAUGAAGCAGCAGCCCAUUCAGAACGUACUAGCCCUCAAGACGAAGAAAGUGGCCUGGAAGGUAUUUUAACUAGAAAACAUGAAUGGGAAAAUACAACAACGAAAGCUAGUAACAGAUCGUGGGACAAAGUGUAUACCGUUCUUCGUGGAAUGCAACUUGCAUUCUAUAAAGAUUCUAAAACGGCUAAGAGCGCCCCUGAUCAGACCUACAAGGGCGAAAUGCCCUUAUCUCUUCACAAAGCUAACGCUUCCAUUGCCAGUGAUUACAAGAAAAAGAAACAUGUCUUUAGGCUCAAGUUGGAAAGUGGAGCGGAAUUUUUGUUCCAAGCCCACGACGAUAGCGACAUGAACAAUUGGAUCUCCCGCAUCAACGCGCAUGCGGACAGUGACUCCUCAGGCCCGUCGCGUUCGCAAACUUUGCCUGCUUCUGCGCAAAAAGAAGACUCGAAACGUCGCAGCUUUUUCACACUCAAGAAAACAUAAAAAGGACCUUCCCUCGGUUCCUUAAUAGGUUUAGAAGCGCCGAGCUUGAGUUUUGUCAAGCAUUUAUUUAGCGUUUAAGGCCUUUUUGAUGUUCUUUCCUUGUGUCUCCUUUUUUGUAUUCUUUUUUAUACCUGCCUAGCGUACACGUCAUCAUUAUUAUUAUCAACUAAACGCAAAAAAUUAAACUAUUGUCAUUAUUCUAUUGUAACACCAGUUUUUUUGUUAUACUUUUUUUUUGUAGAAGAAUAGUUAUAGUAUAUAGCGGCACCAGAACACUUUGUAGAUUAAAAAGUAUUUAAGUGUAAAAAUAAAACGAUUGAUUAAUUAUUAUAAUAUUGUCGAAAAUCCAAAAUAAUAUAUUUAAAACUUGUAAUUAACUAACCAAUACUUAUUUAUUGAUAACUAUGAAAAACAAAAGAAAAUACAUUAAGCACAAAAUUGUUUACUAUUCGAAAAAAAAAAAUUAUAAAUUAAUAAAUGUAAUAUUUCCUUAAUAUCAUCAUUGUCAUCAUUAUAGCGCUUGUUGUGUUCGUUAGUUAAUAAUUUUCUUUUCUUUAUUGUUUUUAUUUUUUUUUUCUGUGUCAUAUGUAUAAGUGAAGUUCAAAUGAAAAAG